GUGAAGGGAUUGUCUUUUAUUUAGACUAGAUAUGAGACAGAUAGUGUUUUUAUAUUCAGUCCUUAUUUUGAUACAAUACUUUAGUAUACAAAAUGCUGAAGUAACGGAUGAACUGGACAAUGAAUUACUACUCCAAGAGUUGGAUCGUCGAAAUGUGAAAAGAUCGCCAUAUGACGUUCCGGGAUAUGAUAGAUAUCCUAAUAGAGAUUAUUAUGGAUUCGAUAUUCAGAAAUUCGAAAAUACAGACAGACAUAGUUGUGCGGAAGAAUGCAACGAACUGUCAGAAUGCAAGGCAUUCGUUUUCAAUAAGAUAAAUACUUGUUUUAUAAAGACUAGAGGAAGUACAAGCGGUGCGCCAUACAUGAAGAAUAACUUUGGAGAAUUAUUUAUUAAAAGAACUGACGAAAUUAUUGGCUAUACUCAUUAUCCAAAAAUGGAUUAUAAUUUACACGACAUUAGAAAAUUAGUAAAUUCUAAUCCGCAUGACUGUGCGGAUGAAUGUAAUGAUGAGCCGAAAUGUAAAGGAAUUGUCUUUAACAUUUACAAUAAAUAUUGCUAUCUUAAACACGAAGCUAAACCGGAAGGAAAAUACUUUCUUAACAAUCACGCUGGACAAUUAUAUAUAAAAGAUAGUAUAUAUGAUGUUGAUGGAUUUAACCGUUACGAAGGUAGAGAUUUUUGCGGAAAGAGUUUUGAAACAUUUCACGAAAUUGACAGGGAAGAUUGCGGUGCUUUAUGUAAAAGUUCUGUAAAAUGUCAAGGAUUUGUAUUUGUUACAAUGGUGCAAAAAUGUUGCUUAAAGAGUGUAGCUAGAACCUAUGGUGAAAACUUUAAAGAAAAUCCAGAUACAGACUUUUAUAUUAGGGCAAAAGCUUAAGGAGAAGAUAUAAAAAUGUGAAAAUGAGAUUAAAGUUUGAACGUAUUUUAUCAAAAAACAAAGAAUUCUUAAUAUUUUUAAUACAGACCUCCUUUAAGGCUAUUUAUUUAAUUUGUUAUUAUUUCG